GAAAUUAUCCAGGCUAACUAAACACAUAUCCUACAAUUAUUCUCUUCCAGUCUUGCUCCUAAGAGUAAAUUGGCGACAUUCAAUACCUUUCUUCUUUUAAUGACAAUUUAAAACUUGUCUAAUGACUCUAAUGUAGUUGAAAGAAAAGAAUGGAGGUGGAGCAGGAGAUGGAGUGGAAGUUGGCACAGGAGAUUGUGAUAAGUGUAGACCUUGUCGCGGCAGCCAAACAACAACCUGAUUUUCUUGCGGCCGUUGACCGGAACCGCUGGCUGUAUGAAGGUCCUGCUCUUCUUAAGGCAAUCUAUAGGUACUAUAAAUGUUGGCUUCCAUUGGUGGCAAAACAUUCUACCUCACCCUUCUUUGAAGGGCCUCUGGUUGUCCCUCUUGACUGUGAAUGGGUCUGGCACUGUCACAGGCUCAACCCUGUUCAGUACAACUAUGACUGCAAGCAACUAUAUGGAAAAAUCAUUGACAACCAUAAUGUUACAUCUUCAACUACAGGAACAUGUAAAGGGAAAACAGAACAAGUAUGGAAGCAAUUAAACCCAAGCGAGCCAUAUGAGUUGGACUUAGCAAGUGCUCUUUCGGAUGGUCAGCAUUCAACAAUGCCUGAUAAGCUCAUAAACUGCAGCAGCAACUAUGACUUGGUUUCAGCAGUUAAAAGGCAAAGUUCAUUUUUCUACCAGGUAUCACGACCUCACAUGAGCAGUGACCUGUAUCUCGAAGGGGCAGUGGCCAGAUACAAGGGAUUCCUGCAUUUAAUCAAAAGAAACAAAGAAAGAUCCAUUAGAUGCUUCUGUGUUCCAACUUACGACAUUGACCUGAUAUGGCACACUCAUCAAUUACACCCCGUUUCUUACUGCGAAGACCUUGUGGAACUCAUUGGCAUGGUUUUAGAGCACGAUGAUACUGAUUUGGACAGGACAAAGGGGAAUAAACUGGAUACAGGCUUCUCUAACACCAUCAAGCAUUGGGAAGAAACGUACGGGCGUAGGUAUUGGAGAGCAGGCACAAUGUACCGAGGUGAUGCACCAUUACCUCUUCCUGUUUCUCAUAAUGAGUCUCCUCCCAGCACUACUGUCACCAAGAAAGUAGUUUUCCCCCACAAGAAGCAUCACACACAAUUGCAUCUUCCUGAAAAGAAGGUUCUUGAGGUAAUGUUGGAGUUUUUGGGUUUGAAAAAUUUACCAGAGCAGCAUACAGGGAGUCUCUUUGUCUCAUUCAGUAAACAACAGUCUGAUGGAAUCUGCAGUCCAAAGAGAAGACUUGGGAUUCGGUCUGAGAGUGGCAAAAAGCAGGUUGCUUUCUUUCAAUGUGAAGCUAGUGGGAAUCUGUUCUUCGAACUUAUGAGCCAAGCCAAAACUAUGGGUUCUGUUUCUGUCUCUCUGGAAGAGUUGCUAUCCCCAACCGCUAAUCUCUCUAUGGAGAAAUGGCUCGAAUUGAUUCCACAUUCUAAGAUAGAAAUGUCAAAGCCGGUCUUUUUGAGGGUUGCAAUCUCAGUUACAACACCGACUUCUGCACCAUAUGUUCUUCGCAUGGUUCGUUCUUCGAAUGGUUCUUCCCUUUUCCCUCUCCAUCUGAAGGAUAAAGACUGGACACGAAUCAUAGAUGAAGACGGUGAUGAGAUCAUGAGCCUGCAAAUGAGGGAUUUCCAUGAAUGCAAUGGGAAGCCAGAUUAUAUUUUAAGGCAAGAAGUCAUUGCUGUAACAAAAUCUGGUGAAACACGAACUCUUGCUGAAUUCAGAGGGACAGAAUGGUCACUGAUAGAUGCUGAGUUGUCCAUUUGUUUUCAACAAAACAGAGAUGGUGAUGAUGAUGGUCACCUUUUCAAGUUGACUGGUCCGCAAACUGUUAAGUAUUUCCCUGGUCGGAAGCUGGACUACCAACCUAGGUAUCAUGAGAAGCAAAGAAGCGAAAAUGAAUUUCUGACUGCAGUAGAGUAUUCAGUAGAAAACCCAUAUGGCAAGGCAGUGGGAAUGCUUGACUUGAAAUUUGGUGUAAUCCAUGUGAAACAGGAGUGGUUAGUUUUACCAGGAGCAGUCAUCGCUUUUAUACUUUGUGACAUUUUGGGGAAGAAAGGUUAUGGUAUCUUUUCAAACCAAGAUGUUUUGUAUGAUGUGAAAAGCAAUAAAAUAGUGUGUGUGGACGGUGGUG